AUGGGAGUGACUGGGGUAAAGAAGAAUACGAUAUCAAGAGCAUCUCCCGCCGAAGUUCUUAAAAACCCUAACUUUUUCAAUUCCGAUGCGAAGAAGACAAUCUCACAUUUCGACCGAGAAACGAUUCUCUCCUCCUCCUCCAUGGCUGAAGAAUCGUCUUCUUUCCAAAAAACGGUGGUGCUGAGAGAUUGGUGGUUGAUAAAAUGCGAAAAGGAAUACGAAGGAAAACGAUUUGGGGUUGCAGGAACCCAGAUUACUGAGACAAGAACAAUGCGUGUGUUCACAUCUUCCCCAAUCAUCACAGUCUUUGAUGUCUUCACUCUCCACGCUUCUGAUGGCGUCUGCAUCAUCCUCCGUGGCUUCCUCAACAAACAACGCCUUGCUCAAUCUGGUUUCCUCCCUCAGAUUUCGCGUGAGUUCAUCUUCGGGUUUCCUCCUUGUUGGGAAUCAAAAUGUAAUGAUUGCUUUGUAGGAGUGCCUUCUGGAGAUGCUAUCAAUAAAGCUUCUUCUCGUGCUGUUUUAUCACCGUGUAAAUGGAAUGUAGAGGAUAGUCCAGCUGUGGUUGUUGAGAAGAACACAGAGGAGGAGAUUGUUGAUAAAGAUGGUCUCCGUGGCGGUGGUGGUUCUACAGUAAGAGAUGAGAAACCUACAAGGAAAAAGUCUCUUCGUCUGCAAUCCAAAUCUGUUGAAGCUAGUAAACUCAAGAAAAUUAAUGGUAGUGAUGGUUUGAGUAAGGAGGCUAAGAGCUGUGUUGUAGAAGAAGGUGAGAGUGAAGUCAACAAGUGUACUAAUGGUGGAGAUCAUGUUAAUGAAGGUUCGGGCAAGGCUAAGAACAGUGAUGUAAAAAAAGUGAUAUCGCUAGCUGAUGGAUGUGGUAAGAAGCAUACUGGUACAGAUAAUGUUGAUAAAGUAACAUGUAUGAGUGCUGUUGAAGAAUCACUGACUUUAGAACAGGGGAAAGGUGAACUUGAGGCAAGGAAAGCAUGUACACGUUCUCUGUUUGAAGACUUUGAAAAGAGUGGUAAACCUGGCAAGAAAGCAGUAUCACAGAAAAGUGGCAGGAUCCUCAGAAGUGCCGGCAAUGUAGUAGUAGUAGAGCAUUCUGGGACCAAAGUCAAAACUGCAAAGAACAAAAGGAAACAUGAUGUGAGUGAAGUCCAGGAUCCUACUACCAAAGAUGUAGUAGAGCAUGUGAAUCAUUCUCGGACGAAAGUCAAAAGGAAACAUGAUGUGAGUGAAGUCAAGGAUCCUACUACUAAAGAUGUUGGUCAUGGUAGUGAAGGUUUGAAUAAGGCUAAGGCCAAUGACGUCCAAAGAGAUGAAUGUAUGGAUAAUGAAGAGAUACCCCGAGUGGAUGAUGGAUGUGGUAAAUUGCAUUCUGGUACUAAUAGCAAAAAGAUAACAAGAAAGAAGGCUACAGUGACCUCUGAACAGCGGAAAGGUAAGCUGACGGUAACAAAAACAUCUCUACGUUCCUUGUCGAAAGAAGUAAGUGAUGGUAGCAAGCCCGGAAAGAAUGGAAAAUCAAAGAAAAGUGAGAAGAUCCAUAAAGUUGAUUUGGAUGGAGUAGUAGAGCCUAUGACUCGUUCAGGGUCCAAGGUUAUAAACAACUUAUCAGUGGGGAAAACAAUCAGGAAGAUCGACUUUGAUGAGGAGGCAACACCGGAUAAAGACGCUAAGAAACAGAAGAUUAGUCCAGUGUCUACCGAUUCAUUAGGACAGAGACGGUCAAGAUCAGGUUCGGUUCUUGUGUCACCACUAGAGUUCUGGCGCAACCAAGUUCCUGUGUAUGAUGGGAAUCGGAAUUUUAUCCAAGUAAACGAAGGGAAUGAGACUAACUGCACUCCUCCAUCUAAAGGAAAAGGUUCCGCUUCUCGAAAGCCAACAAGAUGA